AUGUAUAAUAAUUAGGUUUUAGAUGAGUUAGAAGAGUUUAUCAAAUAACAGAAGCUGAAUGAUAAUUUUAGAAUAGAGGCUAAAAUUGGCACAAUCAUAGCCAAAACUGAUGAAGCACUGAUAGAUUUAAAACACUUUUAAGACUAAUUUAUAAAUGUGGAAAGUAAAAUAGAAAAAAAAAAUUAUCGAUUUGAAUCUGCUAUAUCAAAAUUAGACUAUGAAAAGGCAUGCUAAACAUUAAAAAGUGAAAAAAGAUGGGAAUUCAAUCUUGAUAUUAUCUUUGCGUUGAAUUAUGCAACUCAAUUAUCUUUCAGAAUGGGAUUUGAUGAAAAAGGAAAAAUCUUUUGUUAUGAAAGAAAAAAAGAGCUAAAAUCAAAGCAUUUGGAUAUAUUGGACUAUAAAAGAUAAUAUAGAAUAACAUUAGCAUAAUAUGAUAUUAUAGACUAUAAUUAAACAGAAAUUUGUUUAGAAAAAAUCAGAGAAUAUAUAAAAGAAAAUACAUUAUAAGUCACUUGUGUAAGAUACAAAUAAACAAUGAUUUAUUAAUUGGAUGAUUAUUGCGAAAGCUAUGUCUUCCAAGUUUAAUAAGUUGAAAAAAAUAAAUAGGCAUUUUUGGUAGAGAUUGCAAAGGAAAUCACUAAUAAGAAUAAUACUUUUAAAAAGAAUUUAGAUAAUGCUUUGGAAUUGUUGGAAUAACACAAGAAUUAUUAUAAACCAUUUUACGAAGCAGAAAUAUCUAUCAAAUAAUAAAAGACUGCAUAAUCAAUAUAAAGCCUUGUUGAGAAAUACAUUAAAAAAAUAUAAUAGUUUCAUGAUGAUGUACGAGCUUAAUAUCCUGAACCAAGCUUUGUUGGCGUAAGAUUUGUUCAAACACAGAAAUAGAAUGUUUAAUAAGCUUAAAAAUAGCAAUAUUAUGGGUAGUAAAAAGGCACUUAACUAAAAACAAGGGGAUAAAAUCCAUACCAAUAAUAGGAUAGAAAUCAAUAAGAUCAAUAAUUUCUUGAUUUUAGUAAUUCUAAUGAAGAUGAAAAUACCAGACAAGUUUAGGGUUGGUAAUAAAAAAAACCAUAAUAUGGUAAUCAAUUUGAUAAUAAUCAAAAACAAAAGUAUAAUUAAAGAGGGAGAGGAAGAGGUCGUGGUAAUUUGCAUGGAUAUGGUAAAGAAAGAGAAGAAUAGUCAAAUAGUGACGAUGAAUAAUAUUAAAGCAGAUAAGAAGAUUAUUAUUGA